UAAUCAAAACAUGAUUAAUAUGUCUUUUAAAAAUCAAAAACAAACAAAUGAACAAGUCAAACAUGAAGAUGAGGCUAUUGAUGAGUAUCCCAACAAGAUCUCAAAAUCAAACACUAUUAUUAAUCUUAAUGAUAAGCUUGAGUUUUAUCUAAACUUUAAAAACUCUGAUAUCACUAAACAGAUUGAUCUAGAUAUAUUUAUUACCACCUUUCCUAACGAGGAAAAAUGA